GCUGGAUGUAUCAUUGCAAAAAUAUUGGUAUCAAGACAAAUAAAAUUGUUCUAGAAAACUCUCAAAUUUUGUGAUAAAAUCGCCUAAUGAAUGUGAUGAUAAAAUUACUAUUACGUAAUAUACAAAAGAAUAGAAGCAAUUGUUUGAAUUUAAUCAACCAUAAUAAAUUAAAUAUACAUAUUGGAGCUAUUAACAUGGCUAAAGAAGUAAAAAUUGAUAAAGAAGAAUUAAAAAAAAGGCUUACUCCUCUUCAAUAUCAUGUUACCCAGGAAAAGGGAACUGAACGUCCUUUUAGUGGUUGUUACAAUAAAAUGCAUGAUAAAGGUUUAUAUGUUUGUAUAGUUUGCGAACAACCUUUAUUUAGCUCUGAUACCAAAUAUGACAGUAGUUGUGGUUGGCCCGCAUUUAAUGACGUUUUGGAUCAAGGAAAAGUUAAACUUUCGCCUGACACUAGUGGAGAUAAUUUGGAAAAUGAAGUAAAUCUUUUAAAAAAGAGGAAGGAUUUGGAGGAAAAGUUUAAUCCGCCUUAUAAGAAAGUUCAUCAAGAAGGUCAAAUAUCCAACUGUGAUUUAAGUAAUUUUGAUAUUGAAAACCGUAAAAGUAAACCUUUAAUCGAAUUAACUAAUGGUACGGAGUCAAAACAUUCUAUAGAAAAAAAUAUGUCUUGUAAUAAUGGUCAUAAUUUUCAUGGUCCUGUAAAAGACAUUUCCAGAAUGUCCAUUGGAAGCACUAAUAAUGAAAAAAACAUGAAAAUCAAAGAUGGGAAUAGUGAAACUGAAGAAAAUUCCAUAAAAAGUGAUCUUUUAAAUAUGGAUUUCGAUAAUUGGGAAGAAGAUCAAAUGGAUAUAUCCGAAGAAUACAAUUUAGAUUUAACAGAACCUCAACACUGCAAAAUUGUUAAUAUAUCACAUUUACAGUCAAAAAAGAUUCUUACAUUGAUUUCAACAAAAUAUAAACAUAAAGGUUUGUGCCAAUUAGAAGGUUUAUGGAAUUACACGAAUUUAGAAUUGGAUAAUACUAUUUAUAUAACAGCUAAAAAUGUUGAAGGUACUUGGAUUGUUAAUAACGAACAUGGACUACUUGUCAUUGAACCCGAUAGGUUGGUGUCCUCAACUGCUGUAUCAGGGUCUUUGUGGUGUAAAAGAAGGACUAUACUUAGUGAACGCUACAGAGGUUUCGACACAACAAAUCAAGUAAUGCUUGUAGGUUCAUUAGUUCACAGUAUUCUUCAAUUUGCUUUAAAACAUAAUAUUUCCGGUAUUAAUAAUCUUACAGAAAUUGUGACAAAACUUAUAAAAAAACGGAAUAUCAUAAAAACUUUAUAUGAAUGCGGUAUAUCAUUAAAAACUCUCGAAGAAGAAGUUUCCCAAUAUAUUCCAAAAAUUCAAGAUUUUUUAAACUGUUACAUGGAUUCAAAUACCAAUAUAAAUGCAUUAAAUAAGAAUAACUGGAAGGGUAAAAUCGACACGAUAGAAGAUAUAGAAGAAAAUAUUUGGUGCCCAGAUCUAGGAAUUAAAGGAAAAAUUGAUGUAACAAUCAAAACUAAUCGACAAAUAAUGCCUUUAGAAGUGAAAACGGGUAAAGCUAGAGUAUCUUUAGAACAUCGUGGUCAAAUACUAUUGUAUCUCAUGAUGAUGAAAAAAGUAGGUUAUAAUGUGACUUCCGGCCUCCUGCUAUAUCUAAAAGAAAACGUUUUAAAAGAAAUACCUGCAACGCAAAAUGAACAACGUGAUUUAAUUCAUUUAAGAAACGAAUUAGCGUAUUAUUUAACUAAAACACCAGAAUUAAAAGAAAAUUUUUUAUUACCCCCAGAGUUACCUGAACCAAUCGAUCAUCCUAGUUGUUCUAACUGUCCUUACCAGAAUAUUUGUACAGUACAUGCUCAUUUUACUAAUGAAGAUUUAACCUCCAAAAAAUACCUUAAAAAACUUCAAGUACAAACUUUAGAAUAUUGCAGUAAGUCUCAUAUUGAAUACUUCAUGAAAUGGAGUUGCUUAUUAAUUAUUGAAGGUGAAAUUAAUUCUAAUAAAUCUAAAGAAACUAAAGACAUUUAUUUGAUUCCUCCUGAAGAACGGGAAAAAAAUGGGAGAUGUUUAACUAAUUUAAUCAUUUCUACAGCCUCCGAAGGGCUAGACGAAAUGAUAGAGCACUCAUUUAAAAAAAUUGAUGAUUCUUUUAAUUUUCUCGUUAGCACUAUUGUUGUUAAUAAUUAUGUUGUUGUUAGUACUGAAAAACGAUAUGCUGUAGCUGCUGGUUUGGUUACAGACAUUUCAAAAACUGCAAUUUUAGUUUGUUUAGAACGGAACUUACAUAACAAAUAUCCUAAUCAAAAAUUUACUAUAGAUAGUUACGAUUCUUCAAUGAUUCAAACUUUUCAGUUCAGCAGCCUUGCUCUUUUACUCGAGAACACCCAGAAAGCAGAAAAUUUAAGAAAGAUAAUAAUUGAUAAGUCGAUUCCUACUUUUAAACCAACUUUACCGAAAAUAAUCGGCACCAAAGGUAAAACCAUUCUAAAAAGAUUAAAUAUCGUUCAACAAAGAGCUGUUUUAAAGGCAAUAACAGCAAAUGAGUAUUUCCUUAUUAAAGGUAUGCCCGGUACUGGUAAAACGGCUACCAUAGUGGCUUUAAUACAAUUACUCUACGAGUUAGGCAAGACCGUUUUAAUUACCAGUCACACAAAUUCAGCUGUCGAUAAUGUUUGUUUGAAAUUACUACAAUACGAUGUUAAAUUCAUUAGGCUAGGUUCGGAAUCGAGAAUUCACAGGGAUCUAUGGGAACAUUCGGAGCAUUAUCUGACUAAAGAUUGUCAUACUCCUGAAGAAUUCAAAGCAGUUUAUCAUAGUGCUCAAAUUUUAGCAGUAACUUGUAUCGGAUCGAGUCACACUGUUCUUACAAAACGUUCUUUAGAUUUUUGUAUUGUAGAUGAAAGCACUCAAGUUUUGCAGAGCUCGAUAGUUAGACCGUUAUAUGCUUGUAAAACUUUCAUAUUAAUCGGAGAUCCAGAUCAACUACCUGCUGUUAUUAGAAAUAAUAAAGCUAGAGAAUUUGGUAUGACUGAGAGCUUAUUUGAAAGACUUUACAGACCAGAAGCCACCAUAGCUCUAAAUAUAAACUAUAGAAUGAAUAAAACUAUAACAUCUAUUGCUAAUUGUUUGACAUAUAAUGAUGAAUUAAAGGUAGCGAAUGCGGAUGUAGAAAAUGCUACUAUUCGUUUAGAUUUGAAACAUUUGGAAAGCGUUUAUGCGAAAGAUAGUUGGAUUUUCAAUAUUCUUGACGAUUCUUUAGAAAAAGCAGUUCAAUUUCUCGACACUGGACCUGUAUGGAAUCUUCUUCAAAAUCCCUCAUGGAAAUUACAUAAAAAUUAUAAUAGUGGUCAAGAUCAAAGUUCCAAAGUAGACAGUAUUAACGUACAUGAAGCGGGCAUCAUAUUUAAAAUAACUAGAGCAUUAUUAAAAGCAGGAAUAGAUCCUGCAGACAUCGGGGUUAUAGCUAGCUACCGUCAUCAAGUUGAACAGUUGACAGCAAUUUUGCAAAACCAGUUAAUAGACGUGAAUACUGUGGACCAAUUUCAAGGGAAAGAUAAAAGCAUAAUAAUUUAUUCUUGUGUUUGUUCUAAAGAUACUGCAGUUUUUAAAACCCCGGGAAAACACGAUAUUUUAGAGGACAAAAGAAGGCUCAACGUUGCUGUUACUAGAGCUAAACAUAAAUUAAUCAUUGUCGGAAGAAUACGUACUGAAGUGACUUGCUCGACGUGCGGAUCUCAUUUGGGACAUGUAUUUGGAGACGGACCCCCGCCGACUAAGAAAAGAUUCUGCAUCAACUCUGCGUCGCUUAGCUUCAUACCAAAGGAUCAAAAGGCUGGAGAUAGCUGAGAUUGUUUUAAUAUAAAUAAAGCGAGGAAAAUUUGAAUGUACUUAACUUUUUGUUUUUAUUAAACCUGUUUUACACUCUGAACAUUUUUUUGCGAACAAAUGCUUUAGAGUCCAGCGGUUCCCAAACAGUUUUUAGUUUGUAUUUAUACUUUUUUAAUUUGGCGGUAUUUAUUUGACUAAAAUGGCGCGUGCACAAGCUGCCCAAAAGUAAACCUGCUAAUAUUUUACCCUGGUAAAAACGCACCAACUUUCUCUACGAUCCGGCAACUUCUACUUCUGUAAAUCAAGCGAACCAAGACUUUUUCGGAAUGCGCUAGAAAGAACUGCUGAUAUAAAAACGACGUAGCUACGUAAAAAAUGUAGAGUCAAACUGAACAUAUGAAGAAAAGGUUCAAUUUUUACAUUUAAUGUCUGCUGAUAAACGAGUGAGAAUGUUUUGGUUAUUUCAGCACCAUUUUAUCAUUAUUCUUUUUUCUAGGUAAAGCUAUUUAGUUUUAAUAAUGUUUGUAAAUGAUUUACUAUUAUGUUUUAUUUUUUCGUUAAUUAGAUAUGGAAAAUGAAAUUGAAUAAAAAGCCAAUUUACUGUUACUAAUGACUACACAGGUUCGACAUUUUAUUUCGGUUUUAAGUCGUUUUCAAAAUAAGAAAUAGUUUGUGACCCGCUGUUUUAGACAGUACUUCAUAUGUAAGCAAAAAAAUGUUCAGUGGAUUAAUAUUUAUUAUAGGAUUAAUCCAAUUAU